AUGGAUGAGUUUGAUAUGAUAGAUCUAGGAAGGAGGCGUUACUUUGUUGGUAUUGAGGUGGUGCAAUCACUAGCUGGAAUUUUUAUUGGCCAAAGAAAGUAUGCUCAAGAAAUUUUAGAAAGGUUUCAGAUGAAUGAUUGCAAUUUUGUUCAGAAUCCAAUUGUUCCAAAUUGUAAGCUCACAAGAGAUGAAGGACUGGACAUGAUGUUUGUGGUUAGUCUCAUCAGCAGAUUCAUGGAAGCUCUAACUGAACUUCAUCUUCAAGCUACAAAAAGAGUGUUUUGA